UAGUGAUUGAGAAAGACUGUGGAUAUGCUCAUGAUCAUGAGUGUGAUAAAAACCAGGAACCCAUUACAAAGAAUAUCAUAAAUAAAGACAUGAAUCCUGGAGUAAGAAUAUGUGAAAGAACUUUGCACGUAAGAAACACCAUUGGUCAUUCAUCCUCACAUGGGUAUAUCAGAGACCAAACUACAGGGAUACCAUCUGAAUGGCAAAAAGCUUUUACACAUCAGGAACAUUGGAAAGAUAUCCACCAUCCUGAAUCACUUCAGGUACUUGACACUUCUCCUGAGGAGAAACUCUGUGAAAGUCAAGAAUAUAAUGAAGCCUGUAGUCUCAGUUUGGAUCAGCCUCAGGAUAGAACUCUCACUGGGUUUACACUCAAUGAAAAUGACAUAAAGGGAUACACAUAUGUUCAGAACAAUGAAGGAAUCCAUAAAGAAGUAAAACAGGUUGUAUGUACGUUCUGUGAAGAAUCCUUCAUUGAGUCCAGUGACCUUUACAACCAUGAAAAAAGCCAUACUGGACAGAAAAAAUACAAUUGUAGGCAAUGUGGCAAAACAUUUAAAAUUGCCAAAUGUUUUGAGAAGCAUAAAGUAACUCAUACAAAAGAGAAGCCUUAUUCUUGUAAGAGUUGUCAAAAAACCUUUACAUGCUCCAGUCAUCUGAAAAAACAUGAAAGGUUUCACACUGGAGAGAAGCCUUAUGCUUGUAAGAGUUGUCAAAAAACCUUUACAUGCUCCAGUCAUCUGAACAGACAUGAAAGAAUUCAUAGUGGAGAGAAGCCUUAUGUUUGUAGACAUUGUGGAAAAGCAUUUAACCGCUCCAGUCAUCUGAAUAUACAUGAAAAUAUUCACAAUGGAGAAAAGCCUUAUGCUUGUAGGCAUUGUGGAAAAGUUUUUAACUACUCCAGUGCUCUGAAUGUUCAUGAAAGGAUUCACAGUGGAGAGAAACCUUAUGUUUGUAGGCACUGUGGAAAAGCUUUUAACUACUCCAGUACCCUGAAUGUUCAUGAAAGGAUUCACACUGGAGAGAAGCCUUAUGUUUGUAGGCAUUGUGGAAAAGCAUUCACCACCUCCAGUCAUCUGAACAGACAUGAAAGAAUUCACAGAGGAGAGAAGCCUUAUGCAUGUAGGCAUUGUGGGAAAGCAUUCACCACCGCCAGUCAUCUAAACAGACAUGAAAGGAUUCACAGUGGAGAGAAGAUUUAUUCUUGUAGGCAUUGUGGAAAAGCAUUUAACCGCUCCAGUCUUCUGAACACACAUGAAAGGAUUCACAGUGGAGAGAAGAUUUAUUCUUGUAGGCAUUGUGGAAAAGCAUUUAACCGCUCCAGUCUUCUGAACACACAUGAAAAGAUUCACAGCGGAGAGAAGCCUUAUGCUUGUAGGCAUUGUGGAAAAGCAUUUAACCGAUCUAGUCGUCUGAACAGACAUGAAAGGAUUCACAGUGGAGAGAAGCCUUAUGCUUGUAGGGAUUGUGGAAAAGCAUUUACCACUUCCAGUCAUCUGAACAGACAUGAAAGGAUUCACAAUGGAGAGAAGCCUUAUGCUUGUAAGCAUUGUGGAAAAACCUUCAGUGACUCCAGUAGUCAUAAGAAACAUGAAAGAAAGCAUACUGGAGAGAAGCCUUAUGCAUGUAAGUAUUGUCGAAAAGCCUUCAGUGACUCCAGUACUCAUAAGAAUCAUGAAAGAAUUCACACUGGGUUGAAGCCUUAUGCUUGCAGGCAUUGUGGAAAAGCCUUCAGCCAGUACAAUGGCCGUAAGUAUCAUGAAAGGACUCACACUGAAGAGAGGACUUAUUCAUGCAGUCAUUGUGGAAAAACCUUCAGUGACUCCAGUAGUCAUAAGAAACAUGAAAUAAAGCACACUGGAGAGAAACCUUAUGGAUGCAUGCAUUGUGGGAAAGCCUUCAGCUUGUGCAGUAGUCUUAAGAAUCAUGAAAGGACUCAUACUAGAUAGUAUUAUGUAUGUAAGUGUUAUGUAAAGUGUUAUGUAGGCCCUUUCACAGCCUAACGAAUGAAAAAAAUCACUGGAGAGAAACAAUUCUUGUGUAAAACACGUGGGAAACUGUUCAUUCAGUCUAGUGAUUUCUACAACUAUGAAAAUUUCACUCUAAAGAUAGGUAUUAUUCAUGUAAGCAUUUUGGAAAAGCCGUUAGUGACUCCUUAGGAACCGUAGACAUAGAAGGUCACACUGGAGAAAUGCCUUAUGCAUUUAAGCAUGGUAGAAAAGCUUUCAGGCACUCUGGUGAUAAUAGCAGACAUGACAUUGCUUCACUCUAGUUAGUAGCCUAAUGCUUAGUAGCAUUUGGAGAAGCCUUCUAUAGUGCUAGUUGGCGCAAGAGCAGCAAAAACAUUCACACUAGAGAGAAAGCCUCUCUUUGUAAGAAUUUGGGAAACUGUUUCUUUGAUCUUGUGAUUUUAUCAAGAAUAAAAGACCUCACCCUUGUGAGGAACCUUUUCAAUGUCAGCACUUUGGAAAACACUUGGCCACUACAAGUUUCUAUGACCCUCAUGCAUGAACUGACAUUGGAAAGAAGUUCAAUGCAAGUAUGCAUCUAAGUAUGGUGCCACAGACUUCACCAGUUCUUGUUGCCAGAAUGUUCUCAGGAAUCUAUCCUAUAGACUUGGGUAUCCAUUUGCAAAAUGCUUUAGCAGCAAUAGUUCCUAUUAUAUUGGAAAAUUUAUUUCACUGGUGAAAGCCUUUAUGUUUGGAAUAAAUGUGGGAAAACCUUUAAAGUAUUUAAAAUAAAUGAAG